GUGACGGCCAUUAGAAAAUGGCGGAGGCCUUGUGAGUAACUCCAUGAACACUGAGGAACCAUGGAGAAUGAUCAGGUUCCAACAACAUGCUCAGCACCUGUCUCAACAAUUACUUCGUCUCCAACCAAUCCGCCCCCCAUCUCCGUGUACAGCAGUUCAGACCGCCAUGCUGUGCAGGUUAUCCAACAGGCUUUAAAUCGCCCUCCGAGCUCUGCAGCACAAUAUCUUCAGCAGAUGUAUGCUGCCCAACAACAACAUCUUAUGCUACAGACUACUGCGCUACAGCAACAACACUUAAGCAGCGCUCAGCUCCAGAGCCUGGCUUCUGUUCAGCAGGCAAGUGUUUCUGGGGAUAGAAGGUCUGCCUCACCAGGAAGUGCUUCACAGCAAUCAAAUGUCUCCCAAACCUCUGUGAAUCUCUCUGCUUCACCUCCACCUUCUCACGUCAUGAGUCGAUCGCAGGCAGCCAAUACUACCAGUAGCAGUAUCACCCAGAAAACCAUGCUGUUGGGAAGCACAUCUCCAAGUAUAAGUGCAAGCCAGGCCCAGAUGUAUCUUCGAGCUCAGAUGUUGAUAUUUACACCAGCAGCUACUGUUGCUGCUGUCCAGUCUGAUAUUCCUGUUAUAUCUUCAUCCCCCUCACUAUCCUCUUCCCAGCCCUCGGCAACGCAGGCUCAGAAUUUAACACUAAGAAGUCAACCAAUGCUGGAGAUGUCAUGUUCACAGAGCAAUCCAGCAAAACAAGGCAACCACGACCAGCCACUCACUGUAUGUCAAAAAACCACUGUAACCAGCUCUAAAGCUAUCUACACAGACUCCUGUUGUGAGAAUACCCACAGAGGAGAGAAUUCUGAGGCCCGCUGUACAGCUGUAACACGCACGUCGAGUUUACACCAGCUCAUAGCACCAGUGUCAUAUUCUCCAAUUCAUCCACAUUCUCUUGGCAAAUAUCCAACAAUUCCACUCCAUUCCGACCCCCCUAAAUUGUCCCAUCAUAAAAUGAUAUUACAGCAGCAGCAACAAAUUCAACACAGGCAUCAGAUUCAGACCAUUACCUUACACAAUCCAAAUAUAGAAACCCCUUCUGCUCAGCAGUGUAUACCUAUCGCCAGUAUUCCCAUUCAUACCAGUUCUCAUUCACAUCACUGCACCCCUGUUCCAACCCCACCAUCCCCAUCUCCAGCUCUCUCACAGUCAGCCCAGCAAUCCGUGGUUGUGUCUCCUCAACCAAAUCAAUCCCCAUGUCAGUCUCCUACUAUAAUUAUUCACCCACAAGCCCUUAUCCAGUCUCCAUCACCUCUGCUCAUGCAGACAGCUCUUCCAUCAAGAAAUAAUUCACAUCACACUCUUCACAGUACAGUGCAUUCAGCACCUCAGCUAACUCUUCCAGCACACCUUCCACCACUUCCACCGGCUCAGUCAUCAGGAACACACAAUGGAUCAUUACAGCACCAAGCUGUAGUUUCGUCUGGGCAUCAGUUAAUGUCUCCAAUAACAUCUACACCCCAAUCUGGAGACCAUAUUCUGCAACCACAUAGAGCUUCUUCUCCACAUCUACCAACGACCCCUCCUGCUCAGCUUCAAGCACUGCCACUACAGUCCAUGCAAGCAAUAGCAGUACAGCCUGAAAUGUUAACACCUGGUCAAGUUUUGAUGCAGAAUGCAUUGCUAUCUGAAGAGGAACUUCCUGCAGCAGAAGCAUUGGUUCAACUACCAUUCCAUCCUCUUCCACCACCACAGACUGUUGCAGUAAACUUACACAUACAGCCUGCGCAAGCAGAGCCUCCUGUGGUUUAUCAGGUUGAAAACAUGUGUACUGAAGAUAUGCCUGUGGUUCAGCCAGACUGUGUCCGUGUGAUUGCACACACUCCCACACCUCCAACACUAUCUCCACCUGCACUCCCCAUUGGAAGUGGAGAGGAGCUUCCUGUAGAUCACGUACUUCAAGAGUUUUGUUCUUUUAACCCCACAGGCCUACCAACUCUGGCAUCUUCAGUGAGCGCGUCAGUGAUUAAAUCUCCGUCUGAUUCGUCUCAUGCCUCCAUUCCGGCACCUCCACUUCUCUUGCCUGCUGCUACCACAAGGAGCAAUGGUGCUUUAAAACCUAACAGCAUCCCGGGACCAGAUAGCAAAAUACCACAGGCCAUAGUGAAACCACAGAUUCUGACCCAUGUUAUAGAGGGUUUUGUAAUUCAGGAGGGAUUGGAACCAUUUCCUGUAAAUCGGUCUUCACUGUUAGUUGAACAACCUUGCAAAGGGCAGGCUUGUUCAGAUGAACACAACAUGGAUAUCACUGACAUGGAACCUGAGAUGCAGACCUCAGCAAAGCUUCCCGAUAAUUCUACUGACACAGAUAUUGAGGACCUGACUGGUGAGGAAGGAGUGGAAGAACCAGAAGGCGAAAUCUUGGAGUGUGAAUAUUGUGGAAAGACUGGUUAUCCUAACAAGUUCUUGAGAUCAAAGAGAUUCUGUUCUCAGUCAUGUGCAAAGAGGUACAAUGUUAAUGGCACAAAGAGACUUGUACUGUUCAAACCUGACAAAGCCAGUAGGUGGAAUACAAAGAUGGAAGGAAAUUUUGGACGACGAGGAAGACGCCCUAGUGGUAUUGGUGGAUCAAGCAGAGACAACUAUCUUAGACAGCUACCAUCUACCUAUUCAUGCACAGAUGAAGUUUUGGAGGAUUCCAUGGAAGAUUCUAUACCUGUUGCUAUGUCUACACGAUUACGACGUCAGACUGAAAGGGAACAAGAAUUAAGGCUUCUCCAGAUCAGAAAAGUAACACUUAAUUCCGAGCUACCACCAGAUACACAGUCUGAACCAUCCCAAUGGACUGUUGAAGAUGUUUGGGCUUUUAUUCAUUCUUUGCCAGGAUGCCAUGAUAUCGCUGAUGAGUUUCGAUUACAGGAGAUUGAUGGUCAAGCUCUUCUCUUACUAAAAGAAGACCAUCUGAUGAGCACCAUGAAUAUUAAGUUAGGACCGGCGCUGAAGAUCUGUGCUCAGAUUAAUUUACUAAAAGAGACCUAGUCAAGAGUAGAUCUGAACUGACAGUAUUGAUUGUGAAUAUGUAGUGACUUUUUUAUGUUGCAUUCAACAGAAUCCAUAGUUUUGUAACUUUGUAAAAUGUCUGUGUGUGAAGCUUCUUCACGUCCAUCAGCUUUAAUGAAUAUCAUUGCCAAACUAGAUUCUUACAUUACAUAUACCCUCAACAUUAUGAAAGCGUCUUGGACAAAAGGAUGGUAUUAAAAACACACAUACGUUUGCCCUAAAGGUUUUCCUUUUAUUACAGUGUUGAUUAUACAUAGUUAAUAUACAUUUUUAUUCUUUUUGUUCUCAACAAACUACAAUUUAUUUAUGAAAUCUUGGGUUCAUAUCAUUUCAUUUGGCCUGUCCUACAAGGAUCUUUUGUCAUAAGUAUUGUAACACAUCUAGAAACUUGGUUCUAAGUUUUGCUAUGCUAAAAUAUUGUAUUAACCACUACACACACUAGCUCCUAAUUGCUUAUUUUAUUUCCUGGGUGUAUUGUCUUACCAAACUGCAAGGUUCGAAUUACCAUGUAUUUAUUGAUAAACCAUGUCAUACCUGGUGUAAUGUAUUUUUGGUAUUGCUUUCUUUUCAGAGUGAUACAAACUACACCAUCUCAGAAAAACACACAAUGAUAUACUAGUUUUGUCCAUGUUUUCUGUUUGUAUGCAAGUCAGAUGAUUUUUAACCUUUUAACUUACAAAUCUAAGUGCUGUUCAACUUUGUGUUUCCACUAUUUAAAGAUAAGCUAUUUGACAAGUCUUAUACUUGUUAUUAUACAAACUACAAUAAAUACAGUAUAAAUAAUAUAUUUCAUUUAGACACUUGCUCUCUGCUUUAAAAAAGUGUUAAUUGUGUUGUAAAUAUUCAUUGCAAAUAUAUAUUGUAAUUAUGAAUAUGUAACACUUUAUCCCCCUUGUAAAUAUUAAAAUGAUCAAUGUGGUUUCAAUUAAGUCUUAUUUCAGUAUGGAAAUGAUGGAAAAUACUUGGUAAAGAUAAUGCAUGUAUUAUUUCACCGAUUUACAGUAGAUUGUUUAGAAUAAAUUUCACCUUAUUUCCAAAGUGUGAAACCAUCUGUAGAGGUGAUGCUUUUAAACCGAUUUAAGUUGACUCAUAUGUAUCUAUAGCUAAUUGUUCUGAUGUGAUCUCAAUUACACAGGGUUUCGCACCCUUCCACCAACUAUUAUUUCUGCUCUUUUCACGGACAGG